UCCCGCAUUUAUGAUUUAUUCAAUUUUAUUGUUACAGUAAUAUUAUUUUCUGUCCAUGUUAUGAUGAUUGUUGUCCGCAUUUUUUCUUCUGCGAUGCGAACCCAUUUUGAUAAUCUUACGAUUGAUUGCCCUGAGGCUCACUGAGACCGAGCCCUUCGUCUUCUUCAGUUACCUGUGAACUGUGAUCGUUUGCCAUAUGCCUUGAAGUUGAAGAUGGCAGAGUCCGAGAAAGAUGACAACAUUGAUGUCCUUAACUUCUACGGCACGGCUGUCGAACAACUGGACGAAGAUGAAACUAUUGGCAAGAAGCCCGUGCCAAUCCAGGAGCAGAUUGCCACAGAUGAAAAGGGACGCAGGAGAUUCCAUGGCGCUUUUACUGGAGGAUUUUCGGCCGGGUACUUCAACACGGUCGGCUCCAUCGAAGGAUGGACACCGCGAACUUUCCAGUCUUCUCGACAGAACCGGGCGGAAGGAAAUAGCCAACGCCCUGAAGAUUAUAUGGACACGGAAGAUUUUACAGACCAUGGCAUAGCUCCGAAGAAAGUGACAACCCGAGACGCGUUUGCUGCCCAGUCCGGUGCAAAUGAGAAGCGGAAGUACGGUGUCAGUGGAUUUGACGAUCCUUACAAGAAUAUGUUGGCGCCUUUGAGUGAAUCGUUUGGAGUGACUUUGUUAAGAAAGAUGGGCUGGAAGCCUGGUCAGGGAAUUGGUCCACGCUUACGGAAAACUGAUAAAUAUCUUCGGCGGGUACAGCAAGGAUUGAUACCAAGCGGAACUUUUACGGACGCUCAAGAUGCUGAUAGCCGUGCUGGAGGAAAAUUGUUUUCACCAGACGACGUUGUGGUUCCAAAAAUUGAUGCGAAAUCAAAUUUCCAUGGGUUAGGAUAUAAAGGAAUCGAUCUAUCCGGAAAGUCCGGGACACGCGAGCAUUUUAGCCUUUUUGAACAGCCGGACACGACUGUACUAGUAACAGCUCCAACGGCUUCUGCCAAAACUAAGAAAAAAGGAAUGACAGGCCAAGCAUUUGGCGUAGGAGCGUUUGAGGACGACGAUGAUGACAUCUACUCUACGGACGAUUUCUCACGAUAUGACCGCGUUAUUGGCGGAGAAGCUGUCGAAAAAAAGAACCGAAAUAUGAAAAGCAUCGAAUCCGGGUACGGGGAACGGGUUUUGGAAGGGUUUCAGCGUGGAUCUAUGCCACUUCAUGACCGAAAAAUUUAUCCACCACCUGUUAUUCCGAAAGGUUUUAAAGGAAUCCAUAUGGUGGAUUCGGCUGCAGUGGAAACAAAAACGAGCGAUGAACGUCCUACUCAGACAAUGCAUCGACAUGAUGCAAAGUCGCGCAGCGAAGUUUUAGAAAAUGCAGGGAGACAGCCACCGGUCGUCACAUCCGUCUUCGACCUUAUUCCAGCUGCUCAACGAAACCGGUUACCGGCAUUUCAGCAGAGUGGUGCCGAGAAAGCUGUUCCACCCUCAUCACAGCCGGAAAAAAUUCCAGAACCGGAGCCCCCAACCGCGACGGUAGACGAACAGCGGAGACAAAAUCUGGCUUUGUUUGGCUGUUCUGCCACUUUUGAAUCAAAGAUGACAUUUCGUCCUUUUGAAAAAGACCCUGCGAAGCAGCAGAGGUAUGAUCUAUUUUUGCGGAAAAGACAGGAGAGAAAUAAAGAUGCAAUCGAAGAAGUUUGGAUGGACGUCGGAGCUAGUAUGACGGAAUGGGAACGCGAAAGGGAACGGAUGGAAUUUCAUCGAGCGGCUGUCCUUUAUCGGCCGAUGGCUGGGGUUAUGGCUUCAAGAUUUACCCGUGCUCAGGCAAAGGAAGAAAGUUCCACUGAAGUGGAAGUAUCAACAAACUCUUCGGACGUAAGCCAGGAGAGAAAAGAAGCGGUAAAGAAAAAGCUUUACGGACGAUUAACACGCGAUACCUUGGAAUGGCAUCCCCAUAAUGUAAUGUGCAAGCGAUUCAAUGUUCCUAACCCAUACCCAGGUUCAAACAUCACUGGGUUGCUGAAAGUAAAGAAAGAUAAACUUUCUUUGUUUAAUUUCCUAAACGCUCCUGAUGGAAUGUCUUUGCCGAAAGAACGAAAUUCUUCCGAGCCAACGAAGGACAGCGGGGAACAAGUUGCUGCCGAAAAAAUACCACCGGCAACUGCUGUCUCGCGUUCGGUGACAGUUGGAAAUGCUCCGAAGGCGAAGCUUACCUUACCUGUAGUGCCGCUUGCUCCUGCGCAGGAGCCCGAAGCUUCUCAGGCUGCUGAAGAAACUGGCGAACGACCACCCAUGGACUUAUUUCGCGCUAUUUUUGCUAGUUCGGAUGUAGAGGAUGCAGCUGAAGAGGCGGACGAUCUCCCCGUUAAUCCUUCUCAGAAUGAACCUUUCCAGAAACUGUUCGAAAUAGACAGGAUGGCAAAAACGCUACAGAAAAAGGAAUUUCCCGUUGUUAAACCUGCCGAAUCACUGGUUGGGCCGGUCAAACCGCCUCCUGAGGUUUUAGCUGCUUAUGUCGCUGUGCAGAAGAUUUCUUCGGCCAAAGAUCAAAGGAGCGAAGACGAAACUAGGGAUCAUAAGUCGAAACAGAAAAAGAAGAAAAAGAAACAACGCAAGAAGCACAAAAAGAGCCGGUCCCGAACGCACCGCGACUCGGAAUCGUCCAACAGUGAUGAUGGAAUGCCGAAAAAGCCUCAGAAUUAUGCAGAGAAUGUAACCAGCUCUCCUCCAGAUGACCAGAGUCGCUCUGUGGAUACGCAUUCCCCUGACAUGAAUGAGGCAGACCUCUUGAAAAGGCUUAAGAAUGUUCUUCCUGGCCGAAGGCUUACGGCUUCAGAUUUUAUGUGAUCAGAGAAUUUUGUGCUAAUACGUACCAGAAUUUGAGCAUUCGCUAGUACGUGGUCGUUUUUGCUAUUUGGGUGAUCGCAUCCAUGGUGAGGAUGAGCCAUGCAUCUUGACCUAGGCUUACGGUUUUUGCAAAAUGAAAUACAAUGGUCAGUUG